AUGGACCCGCCACCACCUCCUAACGUCACCACCACCAUUGUGUCCCGAUCGAAGCCCCAGCGCAGCGGCGACCUCUCGCUGUUUGCACCAGGCGACGACGGACUGCAGCUUUGCCAUGUCCAAAAUCUUUGCAACAGGCAGCAUGCCGACCUCGAUCUCGCCACAUCCAGCCCUGGCCUAGCCAGCGACACAGCCACAGCAAUCUAG